AUGGAAUCACAUCGAGGUCUUUCUGUAAUAACUGCGGAGCUGCCUGCAAAUACUUGCAGGUGUGGGAGGUCAUUUUCUCAAACCAACAACUUCAACAAUCAUCUGCGUUCUUGCAAGGUGGUGAAGAACCGUGUGGCCAGAGGUCUUACGAAGGCUAAAGAACUCUGGGAGAUUCGAAAGCAGCAGCGUAGCCAAAAGACAGCUGUCGAGACCCAGGGUUGCACAACACUUCUACAUGGCAGCCACAAAACGGAAACGAGCGAGAACUUCCAGCAUGCCAUAGGCGACGACUCUGUUGUAUCUGAUGUUGAUGUUGUGCCUUCUGACAUGCCUAUUGCACUUCGAAAGGGUGCACGCAGAGAUGUCCCGCAGCCAGCACGCUAUCAUGAUAUCUUGCCUUGCCCAGCUCCCUCCCUGCCGCCCCAUGAUCUCAGAAGGUCCUCGGAGCAUUCUGACUCCUUUGAGGUGGGGGCAAGCAAAAGCCUCGUUCAAACAUCUAUGUCACAGCUUAUCCUGCGUUCACCCAGCAAUAUUUUUGGCCUUGUUCGCGUGUAUGUUGGGGGCGAAUUCCCUCAGCACGACCCAGAAGAACAUGUCCAAUUUGAAGAUCUUUGCACUCGCAUCUCCGAAACAUCGUCACCUUCGCCUCCUGGGGCAGCAGCACCCCCACAGGACUUCUUUCCAUAUCCAAAUUACAGUUCUUUUCGUCUCGGUGAUUGGUAUUGGAAUGAUGGAACUCAGAAAACUCAGGCUACAUUCCAAAACCUCGUCCGUAUCAUCGCGGACCCUCAGUUUGUACCGGCCGAUAUCCUUCACAACAAGUGGGAUCAUAUCAAUGCUGUUCUUGGGGAAAACCAAGCUGACGACGAUGAAGACUGGGUGGAUGCUGCUGAUGAAGGGUGGCGUGUGUCGCAGAUUAAGAUCAGCGUGCCUUUUCACACUGGGGCGACACACCCUGGUGCAAGGAUAUACGAAGGUGCCCACUUGUAUCAUCGUUCACUGGUUGCCGUGAUGAAGGAACGAGUCUCCGAUCCCCAUUACUUCUGUCAUUUUCACAUUGAACCGUACAAGCUCCUAUGGCAGACACGCACAGGUUCGGGUAAGAAAGAAAGCUGUGUAUAUGGCGAGGUAUACACCUCACGGGCCUUUCUUCGGGCUCACACAGAGCUCCUUAGCUCUCCGCGUGAGGCGGGCUGCGAGUUGCCUCGCGUCAUAUGUGCAUUCAUGUUUUGGUCAGAUGCUACACACCUCACAUCUUUCGGUAACACAAAACUCUGGCCUGUAUACGUAUACUUCGGUAAUGAGUCCAAAUAUCGUCGCGGAAAACCAAGCUUCAAAUCCUGCAACCAUGUUGCAUACCUCGAGAAGCUACCCCCUUCCUUUAAUGACUUUGCUUCAAAGUUUACCGGUGGGAAAGGACCGACAAGUCAAUUUUACACACAUUGUGGGCGGGAAUUCUUUCACGAACAGAUGAAAGCUCUCAUCGAUGAUGAAUUUGCGUAUGCAUGGGAGCAUGGGAUUGUUAUCAGAUGUGGCGAUGGUAUCUCUCGACGGUUUUAUCCGCGUAUCUUCACAUAUUCCGCAGAUUAUCCAGAAAAGAUCCUUUUAGCUAGUAUUCGCGACAAAGGAGCCUGCCCUUGCCCGCGUUGCCUAGUCCCUAAGAUGGAGAUUAGCAAGUUGGGAUCUGCAGAAGAUCGUCAAAAAAGGAAGUCUUCAGCAAGAGUGGAUGACGUGGGGCGGCGCCGUAACAUUGCCAAGGCGAGGAAUCUGAUCUACAAAGAAAACAAUCGGGUAAAUGGUGCCGCUGUAGAAAGGAUUUUAAAAGAGGCGUCUUUGGUCCCCAACCAAAAUGCAUUUUCCGACAACUUAAGUCAUCUUGGAUUCAAUUUUUUUCAAAUGCUGGCCGUUGAUUUGCUGCAUGAAUUUGAACUGGGAGUGUGGAAAGCAUUAUUCACUCACCUUCUCCGUAUCCUGGCAGCAAUCAAUCCAGAUUUGCUAAAUGAACUUGACCGAAGAUAUCGACAAAUCCCAACCUUCGGCAAGGGCACCAUUCGAAAGUUUUCUUCCAACACUUCUCAAAUGAAGAAGUUGGCCGCUCGCGACUUUGAGGAUAUUUUGCAAUGUGCAUUGCCCGUGUUUGACGGCUUACUGACUGGCGACAAUCACACUUCAGUCAUGCGCUUAUUAUUCAUUUGCGCUCACUGGCAUGGGCUUGCUAAACUUCGCAUGCACUCCGACCCAACACUUCAGCUGCUUGAUGAUCUGACAACUGAAAUUGGAAGCUCGUUACGUGAGUUUUCAAGCAUUGUUUGCCCCUCCUACAAAACUCGCGAACUCCCUCGUGAACUGGAGGCACGACAUCGCAGAGCUGCCAAACAGUCAAAAGCUGAUGGCGUCGCUGCACGAGGUGUCGAUCUAAGCAAUGCAGGCCAAACUGGACCACGUAUCAAAAAGUAUAACAUAGACACCUACAAGCACCACUCGCUUGGAGACUACGUCAAUGAAAUUCGAGAAAGAGGGACAACGGAUUCGUAUAGCACUGAGCCCGGAGAAUUGGAACACCGAACUCCGAAGGCGAGGUAUCGAAGGACCGACAAAAAGCUUUUUAUCAAGCAAUUGACGCAGAUUGAACGGCGCCAAACCCGUUUGCGGCGCCUCAGAAGAAAUUACUUUCCAACUUCACCCCUAUCUCACACUAAUAAGGAGAGAUUGAACAGGUCGGCCAAGGAUCACCAUCACAUCGGAAAAUCCGAAGCUCUCUAUGAAGAUAUUGGCUCGUUUCUUCGGACUCGCGUUGAUGACCCUGCCACAAAGAAUUUUCUCCCAAAACUCAAAACACAUUUGCUCCCUCGCAUCCAAGCUGCCAGAGUGCCAUCAGAUCUGGCCUACCUGAAUCAAGUUCAAGCUCCCCUGCACACUGUAGAUCCCCGGACACUCGACAAUGUGCUUUUCAAGUUUAAUCGCCUCUACUUUCACAAUACCAUGUGCAUCAAUUACACAACAUAUGACAUUCGCCGGGCCCAAGACACCAUCAACGUGAACACUGAGCGCCGAGAUAUAAUGGUUUUGUCAAAGAGUGACAGUUCUGGUACUGAUGAUUCUGAUGAGUCAUUGGCCUUCAUAUACGCAAGGGUUUUGGGGAUUUGUCAUGUCAAUGUGGUCCAAACUGGCGCUGCGACGCCAGACUACACCCCUCAAAGAUUCAACUUCUUGUGGGUUAGGUGGUUCAGAAGGGUCUCACCUGGCAGUUGGCGAGCACACAGACUAGAACGCAUCUCGUUUCCACCCAUGGCUGAUGAGUCUUCGUUCGGGUUCCUAGAUCCUAAUGAUGUUGUUCGGGCAUGUCACGUCAUUCCAGUGUUUUCGCUUGGGGUGCGGUAUCCCGACAGCCAGGGUCUCUCAGUCUGCGCCCGGGAUUCUACAGACUUUUGCCAAUAUUAUAUUGGCCGAUUUGCAGAUCGAGAUACGUUGAUGCGCUAUCAUGUUGGCCUCGGAAUUGGCCAUGUCGGCAGUAACAAUGGGGUCCUCCAUUCACAUGUCAUUGGGAGCGAUGCUGGCCAUAACUCAAACUUGGAGGUUGUUGAGAACAUUGACCAUCAACCUCACAGUCUGGAGUUGGGUGAUGAAGUUGAAGUUGAGGACCAGCUGGCAAAUUCUGACCAUCACGAUGACUCUUCAAAUGAUGAUGAGGAUGAUCUUGAUGAUGGGUAUGGAUCAGACGAUGAUUAUGAUAUGUCUCAUGCUAGGGACUCAGACCCCGGUUCAGAAUCUUUUGGCUCUGAGUCAGAGUAUGAUGACUAG